AUGACACGUCGAAUCGCUAAACGAACACCGACGAAGAAAACGGAAACCAAAUCGAUGGAAAAGAAGGUGAGCACAUGAGAAAUAAUAGUUUUCGCAGAGGCGUGCUCGUGUUUACACUGGCCGCUCCGCGCUAUCGCACGUAAAAAAGUGUGCCUAGGCUUCAAUCGGAGCACAAAAUUGCUGUUUUUCCUAGAAGAAAUGUUUAAAAAUCUCUAAAAAUUGAAUUUUCCAGAAAUCCGAUGCUCUUCCGCCGACAGAGGCCUCAGAACCGUCAACUUCGCGCCCAAAACGGAACACCCGAAAGAAUGUGCUGUACAACAACGCGACAUUUGAUGUUCGAGUUCCGGGACAGCCGAAGAAUGAUCCGGUUGCCAGUUCUACGACAGAAGAGGAGUCUCUAGCCGCAAGCAGCACAGUUGCCGUUUCCGAUAGCCCGGAAGACGCUUCUGAACCGCCACAGGUACUCGAAACCGCAGAAACUCCGGAGCAGAUUCUGAGCGGAGGGAGCGAAGGGAAAACAGAGACAGUUUCGACGAAAAGAGCGAGAAAACAACCGGAGAAGGAAGAAGGAGCGAAGAAGAGCAAAUUCGGCCAGAAAACGGAAGAUGCAGCAACGAGUUUAAGCACUGGAGCAUCUUCAAGUUCAUCGCCACGCAAAAAGGUCAGAUUUGACCGGAAACCUCAAAAGGAAGAUGAAGUGCACGACCCGGACACUGACGCUGAUACCAAAGUCUCGAAGACGGACGAAGCAGAAGACGGGCCUCCGAUCCUUGGACCAGAAGCUGAGACUGGUGAGGGUUUCAGGGAUGAGCAAAACUUCUGGUAAUUUUAAUUUUUCAGAUGGUUCGGUCGAUGAAGAACAUAACGAGACCGAUAAUGGGGAUGGCGAUAGCGAUGACGGGGAGCCACCGAAUCUGGAGAGACAACCGUACGGAGUGUUUCCAUCGAUUUCACUCUAAAACGCUCAAUUUCAGACCUGCGGGAAAGCUCGAGCGUCCACGUCCCUCGACUCCGAAGAGCAAAAAGAAACCGCUGCAGAUCCGGUUGAACACGGCUCGCCGAGAGCUGGAGAAACCGCCAAAAGUUGUGCCACCGCCAGUAGUUGUCGAUCGCCCUGGAAAACCGCCAUCUGUCGUCAACAAGGCCUCUGUGAAGCUGUUCCAGGAUGACUUGGAGGUGACUGAGCAGGGAGACAACUACGCUGUAGUCAUUAACGGAUGUUUGACGGAACUGCUUCGUAAAGAGAGGAUCAUGGACGUGUUAACAUGUGAAGAUCGGGGUCGUUACAUGUAAGUUGUUCAUUUUGGAUCAAACUGUGAACUACGGGGAACAGUUUUUUAGGACAAGCAACGGAUGGAUGCUGGACAAGCCACCGCGUUUGCCGCCACUUACUACGGACAGUGUUUGUUUCGCGUUCUACAUCGACGGCUCAAAAGUUGUAUCAACCAAAGAUCUUUCCGUCGAUGACCUGCGUCCAUGGAGCUCGUCGUCUUUGGAAAGCCAUGGUCCACUGGUUCCGAUCAUCAAACCGACCGUUAGAAAACACCCAGUAGCUUAUCAGGAAGGGAAAUGGGUGCACCAGAAGAUGGAGCGUCGCGCGGAUGAAAUCUUUCUGAUCGAAUACUCGGCUCGUCUCCCGAGAGAACCAAGAUUGAGAAAAAAGGUGAGAAAAUCAAAAUAACACUCAGCGUUCAAAAUUUUUUCGUUGAGAUCUACUACUUGUUUCAAAACCAGAAGAUCAUCGGAAACGUCCUCAUUCUAUACGACUACGCGUCGGAAGGCAAUGCUCCGGUCGUCAUCCAGACUCCGCGCGAGAACGCACUGUCGACGAGUGCGCUGAGAUAUGUGGAGGAAGAGUUUGACGAAUCCGGGGUGCUCAUCGAAUCGCCGGUGAGAGUUUCCUUGUCCAGGUUCUUAGAAGGAUCAGAAUUUUAGUUUGAAACCGAAUUGGUGAAGGGCGAACGAGGCGGAAUUUUCUUGAAGUGCCGGAAUAACAAGAUGGGAUUGGGCACAGAUAAGAAAAAGAUUCUCGAGUAUAUCUGGAAUAAGCCAGAUUCGAUGUGAGUAAUUCUCAAAUGCGCUGAGUACCUAAAAGUAUUUGUUUUUCAGCGGAGAUCUAAAAGCUCUGAAUAAGUCACUGCCGGAUCUUCCGCCGUUGACAGAGAAAAUUGGGGUUUUUGUAUAUUUCGUCCCUGCAGCCAACAUUGCAAGCCAAAUGCUCCGUGCGUCGGAUGGCCUCUCGCCGUGGUCGACAAACCGUGAGUAUUUCUUUACUUUUGAACAUUUGUGUUCUUCAUCGUACUGAGCUCGAAAAUGGAGGGAUGUGUCCAGCAACAACUGCGCAAAAAAUGAAAUUCGACGCUUAAAAAUGCACACAUUUUCAGCUCUUGACGCCAACGCGAAAUGCCCACGUGUCAGAUCCACGAAAAGAUCUCUGGUUCAGAAUGCCGACGGAACGGUCACGCUCUUGCGCAAUCAUGACCGUGACGCAGUAUUCAAUCUCGUCGAGUUGCAGUCGACACUCGCGAGAUGCACAAGAAUCAAGAAGAGAGUGAGUUGACGAGCACACUGAGGAAACUCAGACUUCCAAUACUUCUUUCAGGUGCUCUUCAUCCAGCAGAACACCAUCCUUAUCGUUGGAUAUGUGUGCUACAUCUAUGAGUUUGUUGAGGAGGGUCCGUUGCCAGUUCUAUUACCCAACAGUAACACGAAUAAGACUUCCCAAAGAGCAAGAUGGAGACCGCCUCCGAAGCAACAAGCUGUUGCUGAAGUGUUUGAGGGCUUGCAAGAAGAAGAAGAAGAAGAAGAGUUCGAUGAGAUUGAAACGGAAGUGGACGCUGAAGAAUCUGGAGAAUUCAAUGACGACGACUAUGCCAUGGGGCCAGACGGCAUGGUUGGCUCGAUCCUGCAGGAUGAACCGUUCGAUGUGCCGGGACCUGCGCCGGCGCCAAUCUCAGUUGCCGAAGAACAAGUUGUAGACAUUCUGAACAACGGACGAGACGACGAAUUCCAAGAGGAUAUGAUGAUGAUGAGCGAGAACACGGAUCCGUACUACUCCGGAGUCAGAAAGUUGGAAUCGGGCCACACGUAUCUCACUGUCCGCCACAAUAAAUUGGCUUGCACGUUCGACUCCGUCUUGGAAUAUAUUGCAAAUUCGAACGUUGUGUAAGUUGUCUUGUUUCUGUAACUAUGUAGUUAUUGUAUUUUCCAUUUUUCAGGGAAGAAAGUGGUGUUCUCAACACUCGGAAACCCGGUCACCCGCCGAUUGUGUCAAACGCACGGGCCUACGUGUUUUUCGUCGUGGGAUCGUCGAUAUUCCCGCACGAUAUCAACAAAGACGACUUCUCGCCUUGGUCUCACAACAGCGAUGGUUUUUCACUCAUCAAUGAAUAUUCGAAGAAAUCAAUUGUCAUGUUUUCAGACGAGAACCCUACGUGUUACCGUACCAAAGUGCGCAAACUUGGAGUGGUCAUUGAUCCAGCCACACAGCGUUUCCUGGUGAAUUUUAAAGCUGUAUGCCAUGAUUUAAUUGUGAAUUGUUUCAGAUGAAAACAGGGUGUGAUUACAGAACGUGUCCAUUCCAUCUCACUUUCCUGUACAGCAUUAAUCCGAGAGAGCCACGACUGAAAAAGAGGGUAAUGCGCACUGGAAUUGAUGGAUAUUUGAAAAUAAAAACUAACUUUGCUUGCAGGUCUAUUACCUCAUGGAGACCGAUUCGAAGAUGGUCGUCAGUCACGCGUUGAUCAUGUACGAUUACACGACUGAAGGCAAUUUGCCCAAAAUUACGGCCGGCAACUACAAGUGCGCCAGAAAGAAAAAAGAUCCGAAUGCUCAGAUGUACGAGGACAGUGACGAAGAGAGAGAGGAGUACACUGAAGAGGAGAGAGAGCCGCCGUUCUCUCUGCACGUCGAGACAGCGCUCGACGGAUGCGUGUACAUGAAAGUCAAUGACGGCACCUUCUGGAACGACCGUCGAACUCAGCUCGAGUUUCUCGUCAAUCCCCAUCGAGCCAUGCUGUGAGUUGCUGAGUGAAAUGAGCAGACGAUAACGCCAUCAAUUAUCGUUUCAGGGACGAGAUGGGCGCACUCAACAUCGUCGUGCCCGAGCUCCCACCAGCAACAACUGGGACGGGUUCUUUCGCCUAUUUUGUUAGUGGAUUAGAAAAAUGUUUUCUACAACUGACGUCAGACAAACUCGUCCCGUGGAGCAGUUCGUCGCACACAAGUGAGUUGUAUUCCUUCCGCUUUUUUCCUUACAACACGAUCUUGCAGGCGGCACCACGAUACGACCAAAGACAGUGAGAAUUCCGUUGGCGCUGAAUCGCGGCAACCGAUUUCGAAUGUGCAAGCGUCCAAUCGAUGAAGCGGAAUUCAUACUGCACACGUACACGGCCACUCUGCCAAGGAACAAGAGACUCAAGAAGAAAGUGGUGUACGUGGUGAGAGAUAAUGUUCCGUUUGGAAAUGCUCUGGUUCUGUACAUGUACACCGAGCCUGGAGACGUGAUAUUGCCGCUCGAAAAGGAGUUCAUCAACUUUGGUCCGUGGCUCGCCUCAUUUGAUCCAUUCAUUCGGAAUGAGUUGUACUACCUGCUGCAGAAGAUGGAACCAGCACAGGUGUGCCAAGUUAUGUUGGACAGCUACAGAGUGCACGUCAACGUUAACAUGUUGUACUACGUUCAAGGCCAGGACAUUCGAGCGGCGUUGGAGGAGUUGAUGGCUUUUGAGGAAUAUGUGCAAGACACCGACUCGCCGACCGCUCCGGAGAUCAUAGUGGAACAACCGAACGAGUAUUAUGCUGAAGAGUUGAUUGAAGGCGAUUCGAUACUCGUCGAGAGCACGGUGACAGUCGAGCAGGACUAUGAGCCAAUAAUGAAUGAGUUCUUGGAGCAGGAUCUGGUAUGUUCUUUUUCGAAUUGAAUAUGAAUUUGUGCACAAAAAUCACUCAAUUUUUACAGGCGGUCGUUGGCUUCGUCAGAGGAAGUCAGAGAGAUGAUGCUUUCUGGAGAAUUGCCGGCAAUCAGUUCGGCACGAAAGACGCGGACGAAACCUUCGAUGAGCUGUUCAAGCUGCUCCACGCGAAGAAUGAAGAGCGCCUGUUUCAAAAUGUGAACCAGAUGUUUGGAGUGGAGAUUUGCGACGUCGAAGAAGUGCCCAUGGAGCAAGAAGAAACGGUGGACCAACUGGUGGAGCAACCGGUAGAAGAGUCAGUCGCGAAGCCGGUGGAGUCGAGCGAGCUGAAGUCGGUGUCGAAAAACUCAAUCUAA